GUUUUGGCAUCUGAGGCUGUGUAUAGUGGCAUUCCACACGUACGUACAUCGAUCUCCUCCUCUUAGUUUAUUUGUCUUUUUUUAAGGUUUGGCUGUUAUGAAUUCACGUGAUUGUCUAUAGGCCCGAUCUGCUUCCCCAGCUCUCUUUUAAAAGAGUUUUACCACUCUAUCACACAGGCCCUUUUGCCUUCUUCUCUUUCCAAUCUCUCUCCAUAUAUGACGACUCCUUCUCCUUUAGAGCUCAACGAAGAUUAUCAUGAACACCAUCAAGCUUCUUCUUUUUCAAACCCUAUUUUCUUUCACCAUGCUCAAGAUCAAGGAGGAGGUUACUAUAGUAGUGAAUUGAAGCAGUACUUCCCAAAAGAUCAAGAGGUUGACGAACUUGUUUCGCAUGGCGGAUGGUGUGAUCAUGAUCAAACACCAAAGAAUGAAGGUGGGGAUGGGCUCAAAUUAAGUAUCUGGAAGAAAAAUGAAGACCAAAGCGAGACUAGUUCGGUUAAGUGGAUGCCUUCAAAGAUGAGAAUGAUGCGGAAGAUGAUGACUACUACUUCAGAGAGUAGUAGUACUACACCAGUUAACUCUAUGCAGAAGUUUGACGAUCAGAAGCGACGAAUAAUGCCUCCUUCUGCAGAGACGACUGAUAACAGCAGCAGCAGCAAUUCUUUGAACAACAUUAGCAACACCGCGGUUAGAGUUUGUGCUGAUUGUAAUACAACUAAGACACCUCUUUGGAGGAGUGGUCCUAGAGGCCCCAAGUCUCUGUGCAACGCCUGUGGGAUUCGUCAAAGGAAGGCGAGACGGGCCAUGGCAGCAGCUGCGGCAGCAGCAAAUGGAACGAUUCUGGCAGCAAACCCACCAUCUAUGAAGAGUAAGGUGCAACACAAGGAUAAGAGAUCCAGCAAUGGUAGUUAUGUUCCAAAAUUCAAGAAAAAGUGCCAGAUCACUACCCCUUCUCAUGGCAGAAAGAAGAAACUUUGUUUCGAGGACUUCACAUUAAGCUUGAGUAAAAAUUCAGCCUUUCAACGAGUUUUCCCACAAGACGAGAAGGAAGCUGCCAUCUUGCUCAUGGCUCUAUCUUAUGGCCUUGUUCAUGGUUGACUUAAUUCUCAAGAUCAUCUUUAUAUCUUUCCUGAGUUUUAGAUUAAUGUUUUCUUAAUUAGCUAGUAAUAUUACUUCAAGCUAUAAUAUUAGAACUAGCUAGGGAGCAUCUGUGAUCGAUCGAUUUGUGUGAGUGAGACAAAAAAACAACAAAUAAAGUAAUGGGGUUUUCCUAAUUAGGAGGCUAUGGUGGAUAUGAACAGGUUGAUAACCAAAUUAUGGGUCUCUUGUUCAUCUAUAUCCUAGCUAGUCCUACUAUAUUAAUAAAAUAUCCAAGUUUUUAUUUUCA